UACUGCUAGCCCUAAAUCACCGGCUCUCGGUCUCACUGCUUGAGAGAGAGAGAGAGAGAGAGGGGUUAUGGAGGAAGCUCAGAUAGAGAAAUUCGUGGCAGCGUACCUGAAGAAAAAGGGUUUCAAACAGGCCGAGCAUGCAUUCCAAGAAGAACUACAGCAGCAGCAACAACAACCGAGCAAGAACAAUUCGUCAUCUUCCAUCUCCACCAAUUCCCUCACUGACUCUGACAUCGCCAAGCACCUCCUUACCGUCUCCGGAUUGGAGAAUGGUCCGGCCCAAUACCAGGAUGGGUAUAGCAAGUUAAGGUCAUGGACUUAUAGUUCAUUAGAUCUUUACAAGCAUGAGUUGCUUCGCGUGCUUUAUCCUGUAUUUAUCCAUUGUUUCAUGGAUCUGGUGGAAAAGGGGCAUAUUCAAGAAGCAAGAACCUUUUUCAAUAGCUUCCGUGAAGACCAUGAAAUGAUGCACGCGCGAGACCUUCAGAAGUUGGAAGGAGUCCUUUCUCCCUCACAUCUGGAGGAGAUGGAAUUUGCUCAUUCUCUUAGGCAGAGCAAAGUCAAAAUAAAGAUCUGUCAGUACUCCUAUGAGCUGCUGCUGCAGUUUUUACAUAAGACAAAAUUGACCACAAUGCUUGGGAUUGUGAAUGAGCAUAUUAACUUUCAAGUUUCUCCGGGACAGCCCAGCUCAAUUUCUGAUGAUGCUGAAGUAGUGACACUUAUUGGAAGCAGCCAGGAUGAGGCUACUCUGAUAAAUCAGAAGGAAAUACAUUGGGGGCUGCUCGAAGAUUCUUUAGAAGAGCGCUUGGAAAAGGGAGGGGUUUUACUUUCAGAUUCUGAGAAGGCAGACGGAGAAAUCAAAGAGGGGGAAUUGGAUGAAAAUAAGAAAAGAUCAAUUGAAGGAGCAAAGCAAGGGAUGCCAAUGAAAAAGUUAAAGAAGGACAAGGCUGUAAAUGCAACAGCAAAAACUGGGCGUCCUGAGGCUAACACUGUAUCUAUGGCACCACGGGUCAAACCAGAGCUUACUUUGCCAGUAAUUUCAACAGAGGUAGAAAAGUCUAUUCUUGAAGACUUGAGAAACCGUGUACAGUUGAGUAGUGUCUCAUUGCCAUCCAUCAGCUUUUAUACAUUUAUCAACACGCAUAAUGGGUUAAACUGUUCAUCAAUAUCCCAUGAUGGAUCUUUAGUUGCUGGUGGAUUUUCAGAUUCUUCAUUGAAGAUUUGGGACAUGGCAAAGCUUGGGCAAGAUGCUGUUGGUUCUGUUUUGCAGGGUGAAAACGGUACCACUUCAAGUGAACAGUUUUUAGGGUCGAAUGGUGGGAAACGGCCUUAUACAUUAUUUCAGGGUCAUUCAGGGCCAGUUUAUUCUGCCACUUUCAGUCCUCUUGGUGAUUAUUUACUUUCUUCUUCCGCAGACUCAACAAUUCGGUUAUGGAGCACAAAACUAAAUGCAAAUCUUGUCUGCUACAAGGGCCAUAAUUACCCUGUAUGGGAUGUUCAGUUUAGCCCUGUUGGCCAUUAUUUUGCAAGUGCUUCACAUGAUCGAACUGCAAGGAUUUGGUCUAUGGACAGAAUACAGCCUUUAAGAAUAAUGGCAGGACACUUAUCUGAUGUUGACUGUGUGCAAUGGCAUGCCAAUUGCAACUAUAUUGUGACUGGUUCUAGUGAUAAAACAGUCCGACUGUGGGAUGUACAAAGUGGGGAGUGUGUCCGCAUUUUCAUUGGUCACAGAAGUAUGGUUUUGUCGUUGGCAAUGUCACCUGAUGGCCGGUAUAUGGCUUCUGGUGAUGAAGAUGGCGCAAUCAUGAUGUGGGACCUCUCGAGUGGUCGCUGUGUUACUCCUUUGAUGGGUCACACCUCAUGUGUGUGGACCCUGGCCUUCAGUUGUGAAGGUUCACUCCUGGCAUCUGGGUCUGCUGAUUGCACUGUGAAAUUGUGGGACGUGAAUACAAGUACAAAGGUGCCAAGGACUGAAGAAAACAAAGGUGGAAGUACCAACAGGCUAAGAUCCUUGAAAACUCUUGCGACUAAGUCUACCCCUGUCUACUCAUUGCGGUUUUCUCGAAGGAAUCUCCUAUUCGCAGCUGGGGCCCUAUCAAGAAGCGUAGAUUACUCUCUCCACUAAGCAUGAUCCAGCAAAUUUAGCUUUGAGGAGUUUACCUUGUUUUGAUUCAGCAGAAGGAAAUUUAUUAUAUAAUAUUGUAGCAGAAUCUUCUUUUGUUGAUAGUUUUGUGUAAAAAUCAUCUUUGUAGUUCGGGACGAUUUUCAAAGUCUACCCCGACAAAAGAUUAUGCGGCCAACUUCUCCCUUCCAUCCCGCCUAAUGUUGUCUUUCUUAAUUAGUGGAAGCUGCGAUGUUUAUCAUAAGAUUCACGUACUUGAUUUCUUCGUAGAAUAUUGGAAAUAUAUAUUAUUAUUUUUUGUAUUCA